AGCACGGCCAGCGGUAGGAGCGCAUCGGGUUGUGUCUGUGUUGUGUUUAUAUUUUAUACCCCGUUUAUCAGAACGGAAAAUAAAACUACAGACAGCCCGUUUGGGCCUACAAAUUUGUUUUAAACCGGCAUUUUGAUUGGCGUUCCGUUUGGCUCAUGCGAUUGAAGGGGCUCGAGGGCUCGUGCCUUUCCCCCUCAAGGUUCCAGAGAGGCGCGUGGAAAAGCCCUGUGCAGAGAAAGAAGGGGGAUCAUAGCGUAUGUAUGUAGCCUAAAUGCAUACAUGCCGGGGUCUUCGACUGUGUGGUUUUAAAAACGGAGACGGGUGUGUUUAUUUUGUCGGCAAACGGCAAUGAGUGGCAAUGAGAUCGGGUUGCUGGUGAGCCAGUGCUUUGAUGAAUAAUUUACGGUUUUGUGGUCCGAAAGGGAGCGAACCACAGCCACUGCCGUUUGUAAACCUCUGACCACUUCGGAGAGGGCCCGGAUGGUGGACUAGAGAGAGCCGAGAAAAAGGGUCUGAAACGGGACGAGGUAUUUUGACAUUGUCGGUAAAUUCUUAGGUGCGUGAGAAGGGGUGAUGGUGUGUGGGAGGAGGAGAGAAGGAGCUUUGGGCACCUUGCGGAGGAUCAUAUACAAACUCUGUUUUCGGAUUAUUCUCAAACCCCGCCACUUCUAAACCACAACAAACAAAUCAAAACUAAUCUCAGUCAACUCUAAAUUACUAUUUUCGACAUGCGCUCAUUAAAAUAGAAACAAUAGAAUAGGUGUAUGUAAGUUGACUAUCAUUGUAAUGAAUAGUGAGUAGUCGGUAGUUCUAAAGCUUCAUCCAAGUGUAGAGAUUGAAUCAUUGUGAACUGAAAUGAAUAUUGCACAUUUGAUUUUCUAUAGGAGAAUCUUUCAAAAUCAUGCGAUACAGAAUUUUAAAAGGGCGUUUCUCUCGGCCUGCAUCUGCAUAUCUGGCGUCAGUUGAGGGUUAUGUUUAGGAGAGAACACUUACAGGCCUAUCCUAUGUGGACCAUUUUGACAAAUGUUUACUUCAAAAAAACAUAUCUACCUCAAACCUCUGCCUGUUUUCCACAGAACACAACUGGAGAAACGAACAAAUGUUUACUAAAUGAAUACCUCAGUCUCACUAAUAGCUCGUUGGUUCUUUAUAAAGCGUAGCCUUGUUUAAAACGCCUCCGAUGGCUUCAUUCUCAGACUCCGACCUGCAGACCUGUCUUCUCUGCAAGGAGCUCUGUGGCUCCUCCUCCGCUACCAUCUCUUGCAACUCCUCCACUUCCUCUUCCUCCUCUCACUCGUCCUCCUCCUCCUCCCGGCGCCUCCAUGUCUUCCCCUGCCUGCACACCUUCUGCAGACAGUGUCUGGAGGGCCAGCGCAGUCAUGGGGACCCUCUCAAACUCAGCUGCCCCACCUGCAACCAGAAGGUCUCCAUCUCCGAGGCCGGAGUGGACUCUCUCCCUUCCUCCAACUUCCUCUUGAGUAACCUUCUGGACGCGGAGCAGCUCCAACUCGGCCAAAAUAAGAACGGGCACCGGGGGGUUGGCGGGUGCUCCGUACCCAGGUUCCACCGCGCCCACAGCGUGCUCCAUCCGAACCGUCUGGGAGGGCCCCAGUGCAGCUCCUGUGGCGAGGGGAACUCGGCCAGCUUCCACUGCCUGGACUGCCAGGAGUACCUUUGUGAUAAUUGCGUCCGAGCCCAUCAGAGGGUCCGGUUGACCAAGGACCACUUCAUGGAGAGCCUGCAGCAUGCAAGCCGAGGCUUGGCCAGCCCCAUCGCAGGUAGAGGCAGGGGGGUUGGUGGUGUAGGGUUGUCCCUGACCCAGCCCUUCCAGUCCAACUCCUCCCUGCUGCCUUUGUUCCAGGAUAGGAUGAGCUUCUGUCAGCACCAUGACAACAAGGUGUUUCUGUUUUUCUGUGAGACGUGCUCUGUGCCUAUCUGUAGGGAGUGUAGUGUGGGCAGACACAUGGGCCACAGCUUGGUCUAUCUACAGGACGCUGUCCAGGACUCCAGAGACAUCAUCAUCCAGCUACUGGCCGACGCACAGCAAGGAAGACAGGCUGUACAGUUGAGUAUGGAGAAGAUCCAGGCCAUAGCAGAGCAGGUAGACAUCAAGGCCAAGGUGGUCCAGACAGAGGUGAAGAACGUGGUCCUCAGACACCUGAAAGCCUUGGAGGACAGAGAGAGUCAGCUACUCUGGAAGGUUGAGAAGAUCCAACAGCUGAAAGCCAAGUCCCUGUACCUGCAGGUAGAGAAGCUGCAUCAGAACCUGACCAAGCUGGACAGCACCAUCACAGCAGUCACUCAGGUGCUGGAUGAGGGUUGUCACCUGGACGUGCUGCUGGCCAGAGAGCGCAUGCUGACCCAGAUCCAGGAGCUGAAGUCUCUCAGAGGCCUGCUGCAGCCACAGGAGGACGAUCGUUUAAUGUUCACCCCUCCAGACCAGGCCCUGUACAUAGCCAUCCAGUCCAUGGGGUUGAUCAGUAGCGGAGCGUUCGCUCCCGUCACCAAAGCUCACGGCGAGGGCCUAAAGACCGCACUCCGUGGCAAGACCGCCUCCUUCACCGUAAUUGGCUACGACCACGACAGGGAGCCCUGCCUCUCGGGCGGUGACGCAGUGUCAGCGGUGGUGAUGGCAGCGGCGGAUGGUAACCUGUCGGCUGCGGAGGUGUGUGACAACCAGAACGGGUCGUACACGGUCAGCUACUUGCCCAAGACUGAGGGAGAAGAUUUGGUGUCAGUUCUGGUCUGUAACCAGCACAUCAUGGGCAGCCCCUUCAAGGUACUGGUGAAGUCUGGGCGACGCUAUGGGGCUCUGGGUUCACCGGUGUCUGCGUUUGGCAGUGAGGGGGAGGGUGACGGUCAGCUGUGUCGUCCCUGGGGCAUCAGUGUGGAUAAAGAGGGAUACGUGGUGGUGGCCGACCGCAGUAACAACCGAGUACAGAUCUUCAAGCCGUGCGGUGCCUUCCACCACAAGUUUGGCUCCCUGGGCUCUCGCCCCGGUCAGUUUGAUCGUCCAGCGGGCGUGGCGUGCGACAGCCAACAGCAGAUCAUCGUAACGGACAAAGACAACCACCGUGUGCAGGUGUUCACCUUUGACGGACAGUUUAUGCUGAAGUUCGGCGAGAAGGGCACUAAGAACGGUCAGUUCAACUACCCCUGGGAUGUGGCAGUGAACUCUGCGGGGAAGAUCUUGGUCUCUGACACCAGGAAUCACCGCGUCCAGCUCUUUGGCCCUGACGGCUCGUUCAUCAACAAGUACGGCUUUGAGGGCACCCUGUGGAAACACUUUGACUCGCCGCGGGGUGUCGCCUUUAACCAUGAGGACCACCUGGUCGUCACCGACUUCAACAACCACCGUCUGCUGGUGAUUCGGCCAGAUUGCCAAUCUGCCCGGUUCCUGGGCUCCGAGGGUACCGGUAACGGGAAGUUCCUGCGUCCCCAGGGCAUAGCGGUGGACCAGGAGAACCGGAUCAUCGUUGCCGACUCGAGGAACCACCGUGUGCAGGUGUUCGAGCCCAACGGGAACUUCUUAUGCAAAUUUGGCACCCAUGGCAGUGGCUUCGGACAGAUGGACCGCCCCUCCGGUGUCGCUGUGACACCUGACGGAGUCAUCCUGGUCGUCGACUUCGGAAACAACCGCAUCCUCAAGUUCUAAUCACUUUUCGCUUUCUUUCUUUCUCUCACUCGUUUUUCUCUCCGUUUCUCUGUUAGGGAGAGGAAAUUGAAGGGCUAGGAAAAGGAUUCAACAAACAGACACAAAGAGGACAGUUUAAAGAGAGAUAAUCAGAGCAGGUAGAAAUGCGUUAUUACAAAUUAAGGGGAAGUGAAUUUGUUUGUUUUUAAAUUAUUUUUUCUUUUUAGGUUUUAGUUUGUGUAAUCAGAUUCCUGUGGUAUACUGUAUGACAAAGGGGACCACUAAGACUAGUUGAUAAUCAGUAGUGAAAGUAACAAGGAAGAGAUCACGAUUUCCCUGUCUUCUAUCUGAAUUGCUCUCUCUCAACUCUCAUCACGUCGCCUUCUCAGGGAUUUUUCUCACUUUUUCUUGAAAUAUUGAAUCCUCUGCUCCGCCACCUACCUCAUCCAGUUCUUAAUGAAUGUACUCACCCUCUCCGAGCAGAGGUCUACUCUAGUCUGUCAAGUUUUACAAAGAAGAAAAUGAAAAAAGUCUACCUCAAUACUUUUUUUAUUUCAAAUGAAAAGACGUUUUGCCCUGACCUGUAGUGGAGUCUAGUGUGUUCAGUGAUGUUUAGGGUAGCUUGUUCUGUAGAUCUUGGUUUAGCAUGUCCCCCUCAUCUCUCCAUGUGCAGUGUCACUGCAGACCGACGGAAUAGAGGUAAUGCCAAACCGGUUAGACUGACUCGGUGUUAGUUAGCUCAGGUCACAGUACCAGAUGGACCAGAAGAAUCUCCUUUUAGCUUGACUGGUUUAUUGAUCGCAGCGGCGCCGGGAGUCUGACCUGGGACAGAUGCAGUUUGAUGAUUGGUUGAAAUCAUGAGCUAGUCGUUGUGGGGAGAUUCUCUUUUCUGUCCCAAAGUAUCCAAUUAUCAAUUGAACAUUGUUGAUUCCUUUCAGGCGUCAGCAAGCUGGUCUGAUUAUGAGGAGAAAAAUAAUGAAAAUCAAUGUGAAAAAACAAACAGCAUUUGUGUACUCUCAAACGGAGGGCCCACCAAAGUAUUUCAGAAGUUUAUCAGGAGUUCUCAGGAUGUAUUGGUUGUUGAUUAGUAGAUUGAUUAUAAAUUCUGUUUGAGUGACAUUCGUUGUGAAUGAUGCGGAAGGAUAGCAAUGCCUCCAGAAAGCAGGCAUCUUGAUUGGCUGUCCACAGGAGUGAGAGCCAAUCAGAAAUCAGAAUGAUCCUGUGUGGUUGAAUUGUGGGGCACUGAUUGGCUCUUGGGGGCUAGGAUUUAAUCCAACCCCCUUCUGACAUCACUGCCCCACCCUAGUUAUUGACGCCCAUUCUGAAAUGCCGGGGAGAGAGUGUUCCGGAACAUGUGCAUGCUGACCAGACCUCGAAAAGAUGGAGGUCUAGAGACCAGCUAGUGGAGUCAACCAAAGGUAGAAUUUUGGCUAACUGUAUGUUUGGCAUCGAAAGAACAACAAUUGUCCCAUUGAAGACAUUUUGUUGUUUAAUCAUUUAUGUUGGAGGUCUAAAACGCUCACCAGCUGUCACCAAAAGGAUCUGUUCAAAGCACUGUCAAUGGGGAGAAGAAGAAUAUAAGGCCUACUUUUAGCUUUUAAAAUGGAAGUACCUUUCAAGCCUACUUCCUGAAGAGAACGUUGUAGAAAGGUCUGGAAAAAACAAACCAUAUCUCACAGCAACCAAAGAGUAUCUUUCCAGGCCACUUUCCAUCUCACACCCCUGAGAGGUUCAAUCUAGCUCCACCACCCAUGCUAACGUGACACUGCUUCAUGUCUAGCAACCCUUAUUUAGCAUUAGCAUCUCAAACCAUUUAACCAUUGAGUGCAAACAGAUUCCUGAUUUAUCACCUGUGGUGGACCUUUUUGGAGGGGUUGUAAAUCUCCCUUUCUCUUGUGAAGUUAGCCACUUUAGCGUAGUCUAGCCUAGCGGUAUGGGCGUUUUAUUAGUUGGUUUCUGACUGAGCUUCUUACCUCAGAAGAAAGUGCAGGCCUGCACUUUAAAUCCUAAUUUACGUAAACUUUCACAUCCCAUCGUUUACCUUAACUGUCAGAUAGCUCAAAAUGUUUUAUAUACUUUCUUAUUCCUCACAGUUACUCAUGUGCAAAUCAAUUGUAAUACAGCCUACCUUAACCAGUUACUGGCCACAGUACCUCAACUCUCAGACCUCAUCAACAUACAAAUGUAAUUUUACAAAUCUACCUCAACACACCUUUUACCUAACUUUAAAUGCUUCAUGUUACAUACUGUGUGUGUGUGUGUGUGUGUGUGUGUGUGUGUGUGUGUGUGUGUGUGUGUGUGUGUGUGUGUGUGUGUGUAUAUCAGUUGAAGUCGAAAGUUUACAUACACCUGAGCCAAAAACAUUUCAACUCAGUUUUUCACAAUUCCUGACAUUUAAUCCUAGUAAAAAAUUCCCUGUCAACAUGAUGCUGCCACCCCCUUCAGGCGUUUGUAAAUUUCUCCCAAUUUCUCAACAAUUUUUUUUCUGAGGUCUUGACUGAUUUCUUUUGAUUUUCCCAUGAUGUCAAGCACAGAGGCACUGAGUUUGAAGGUAGGCCUUGAAAUACAUCCACAGGUACGCCUCCAAUUGACUCAAAGGAUGUCAAUUAGCCUCAUCAGAAGAUUCUAAAGCCAUGACAUAAUUUUCUAGUAUUUUCCAAGCUGUUUAAAAGGCACAGUCAACUUAGUGUAUGUAAACUUCUGACCCACUGGAAUUGUGACACAGUGAAAUAAUUUGUCUGUAAACAAUUGUUGGAAAAAUGACUCUUGUGUCAUGCACAAAGUAGAUCUCCUAACCGAACUUGCCAAAAUUAUAGUUCAAUAACAAGAAAUGUGUGGAGUGGUUGAAAAAAUGUACCUCUUGUACGGUUCCUUUUUAGUUAGUCUUUUAUUUGUAUUUAAAAAAAAAACUUUUACCUCAACUUUUACCUCACACUUUUACCUCACACUUUAAAUCAUGUGACAUUUACCUGUCACCUGUUGGACCAAAGAUCUUAAUCCUGGAAGAUGAUCUUAAUCCUCCUUUUCAUGUAAAAUUACAAGUUACAAAUGGCCAUCUCUACACAUUUUGUCCCUGAGUGGUCUGUUUAGCCAUUGUGGUGCAUUAUGCCUUUUUAAUCAUAUGGAGAAACCAAAUAGCGAAGAUCAGAGCGUUGUGCCAAAAAAUAUAUUUGUGGGAGUUCGGUGUCAAAAUGGAGUUGGCGUCAGGAUGACACUGUCAUAGACGGUGAAUGUCAUUGGACCAUUAUAUCAUAGAUAUUAGUAUUUAGCGAAUCAAAGCAGCCAAGGACAGAUCACUGUGCUUUGAUUGGAUGCACUUAUGUGGGCUGACCCCCCCCCCCCUUUUUUUGUGCCACCACAGUAGCGCUGUAACCUGAUUGGCCAACAGUGAGAAAGAUGGCGACGUCACCGUUAGCUAAUUUGAGGCCUUCAUCAUACCCCCUUUAGACCGACAAGAAUUACCUCUAAUAUCAGCACAGGUUCUCCUCAGUCAGAACAUCUUAGAAGUGUGUACCUAAGAGUUAGCACAAUGUUGGUUGGUACUAACUUAUUUGAAAACUCACUAUUUGACAAUGCAAAAAAGUCUUGUGUGUGUAGGAACACAUUGCGCGACUAAGAUGUUUAUUACAAGUUAAUAAGCCUGCUUGUUGCACGGUAAUACGCCUGCUUGUUGCACGGUAAUAAGCCUGCUUGUUGCACGGUAAUAAGCCUGCUUGUUGCACGGUAAUAAGCCUGCUUGUUGCACGGUAAUAAGCCUGCUUGUUGCACGGUAAUACGCCUGCUUGUUGCACGGUAAUACGCCUGCUUGUUGCACGGUAAUAAGCCUGCUUGUUGCACGGUAAUAAGCCUGCUUGUUGCACGGUAAUAAGCCUGCUUGUUGCACGGUAAUAAGCCUGCUUGUUGCACGGUAAUAAGCCUGCUUGUUGCACGGUAAUAAGCCUGCUUGUUGCACGGUAAUAAGCCUGCAUGUUGCACGGUAAUAAGCCUGCAUGUUGCACGGUAAUAAGCCUGCUUGUUGCACGGUAAUACGCCUGCUUGUUGCACGGUAAUAAGCCUGCUUGUUGCACGGUAAUAAGCCUGCUUGUUGCACGGUAAUAAGCCUGCAUGUUGCACGGUAAUAGAGCGGAGGCAUUAGCACAUUACAGGCCCCAGACCCUGCUGCUUUAGAACCCACAGGCGUGUCACCGAUAUGAUCUGUCGACGUGUUUCAGCAUUACUAUAUGGAAAAGUGUCUGCAAUCUUUUACAUUUUAAUAAAAAAAUGACAAAAUUCUAUCUGUAAGGUUUUCACUCUUACAUGUAUUUGAAACUUUUUGUUUUUAUUCCUUUUUUGUUUUUGUUGUUGCAUGCUUACAUAAAAAAAAAUAAUGAAACAACGUCUCACAGAUAUAGGUGUUGUAAACUCGACGGGUUGGUAGCUAAAUCUGGGGAUGUUUUUUUUUAUCAUGAUCAUAUACCCACAGGUGUGUAUGUGUUAGGAGUGCGUUGGAUGGAUUUAACUUUUUUGACCUUUGCGAUUGUAUUUCCUGUUCCCAAGAGGCUCUGCAGAGGCCAAUCGUUGCUUGGCCAGCCAUGUCUGGAAUCUGUACUAGAGUGCAGUUAGUACAACAACUUUUAGAGCCACACAGUUUAAUGAUCCCUCCACACACGAUGAAGACUGUGUACACUGUAGACAUUUUGUUUUAGCCCUAGUAAUGACAACCUCAUACUCUCUAUCAAAAUAAGCUAGAUUUCUUCAUUAGAAUCGCUUGAUUUAUUUUAAACUCCCCCCCCCCCCCCCCCUCUCACACAAAAAUAUCCAGGAAGUGUGGUGCUGAGCACUUGAUUGGUCUCCUGUACUCCUGUUGGGCAGGGUUUUAUUGGCCCCUAUGUUUCUGUCCACCAUUUUGUUUCUGGCAUCUCAGAGAGAAGUUGGUUUAAGUGAAACUGCACCAGGUAGAAGUUGUGCAACAUGUUAAUGAUUGUAUCUUUUAAAGAAAAAAUUAAAAUACGUAACAUUUUUUUUUUUUUAAGAAAAAAAUAGAAACUCAGGUAGUUCUAUGUCCCUGUAUCACAGUGAAAUGUGUCCCCCAUAGUGAUGUGGGUGUCACAGUGAAAUGUGUCCCCCAUAGUGAUGUGGGUGUCACAGUGAAAUGCGUCCCCCAUAGUGAUGUGGGUGUCACAGUGAAAUGCAUCCCCCAUAGUGAUGGUGUCACAGUGAAAUGUGUCCCCCAUAGUGAUGUGGGUGUCACAGUGAAAUGUGUCCCCAUAGUGAUGUGGGUGUCACAGUGAAAUGUGUCCCCCAUAGUGAUGUGGGUGUCACCUUAGAAAUGUGUCCCCCAUAGUGAUGUGGGUGUCACAGUGAAAUGUGUCCCCCAUAGUGAUGCGGGUGUCACAGUGAAAUGUGCCCCCCAUAGUGAUGCGGGUGUCACAGUGAAAUGUGUCCCCCAUAGUGAUGCGGGUGUCACAGUGAAAUGUUUACCCCCUAGUGAUGCGGGUGUCAGUGAAAUGUGUCCACCAUAGUGAUAAUGUAGUGAACCUUUCUGUUAUGACCUCAGUACGAGUCUCAUUGGCCAUGUUCCAGGACCCUUUUUCAUUGCAGUUGGGUUGUGAAAAUCCUGAGAUUUAUGCAUGUGUGUGUGUGUGGUAAAGACGGGCUGGAACGCGACCAAUCUUUUCUGUGUGUCCGUUUUUGCAUAUUACACGUUAGUUCUCAAUCUCAAAAAUGGAAACAUUUAGCUUUUUGAAUUAUUCCCUUCAAAUGUACUGUUUUAUGUUUCAUUUUCAGGUUUUAUUUUUGUUAAAUGUUCCCGUUGUUUGUUUGAUAAACACCAAAGGACAUACUCCAGACCACACGACUCUCGGCGACCCUUUUGGAAUGUAUUUUGUUAUUUUUUUAUUUUGUAAGAAAAUGGUUUGCUGGGAGUGAUUCUCACUCACACCCUACUCAUUGCUAGCAGGAUCACAAAACAGAACUGAUACUGUACUACCAAUCAAUCUGCGUCUGGAGAAUUACAAUGGACACCAUGUUGUUACCAUUGUUGUUCCAUUCCAGUGAGAAUGCAAUUUAGAAUCUUACUAUCAUGGAGCCUUUGGUGACAAAAUGGCCUCUUUUAAAAAAAAAAAUAUUCUGAGUCUGUUUAUCAACAGUCACUCUGUAGGCCUAUUUCUAAGGCUCUGUUCUGUCCUGUGUGCAGUAGGUAGUGUGUGAGAGUGUGUUUGUGUGCUGCAUUGUGUUGUUGUUGAACCCAAAUCCACUGAAAGUAUUCUCCUCUGUCGACGAGGCACGAGGACAGCAAGGACCAGCUGAGUUUAGGAGGGCGCUGCUGGUGUGUGUUUUGUGUUGGUGUACUAUCAAAUACACACUGAAAUGAUCUGUAAGGAGUGUGUAUAUGUGUGUAUGCACGUGUUUCCCCCCCCCCCCCUCUCCUCUCCUCACACACAGUGGUCGGUGUGGAAGUGCAGUUGUCAGGUCUUCAGUUUCAAUAAAGAAGAGGAGACUAAUUUACCUGCCGUCUUCUGUUACACACUGUCUUCUGUUACACGCUGUCUUCUGUUACACGCUGUCUUCUGUUACAUGCUGUCUUCUGUUACACGCUGUCUUCUGUUACACGCUGUCUUCUGUUACCUGCUGUCUUCUGUUACACGCUGUCUUCUGUUACAUGCUGUCUUCUGUUACACGCUGUCUUCUGUUACACGCUGUCUUCUGUUACACGCUGUCUUCUGUUACCUGCUGUCUUCUGUUACACGCUGUCUUCUGUUACCUGCUGUCUUCUGUUACCUGCUGUCUUCUGUUACCUGCUGUCUUCUGUUACCUGCUGUCUUCUGUUACACGCUGUCUUCUGUUACCUGCUGUCUUCUGUUACCUGCUGUCUUCUGUUACCUGCUGUCUUCUGUUACCUGCUGUCUUCUGUUACCUGCUGUCUUCUGUUACCUGCUGUCUUCUGUUACAUGCUGUCUUCUGUUACCUGCUGUCUUCUGUUACACGCUGUCUUCUGUUACACACUGUCUUCUGUUACAUGCUGUCUUCUGUUACAUGCUGUCUUCUGUUACACGCUGUCUUCUGUUACCUGCUGUCUUCUGUUGCCUUCCCUCGUCUGUUGCCUGCUGCCUUCUGUGGACUUUACACAUUUCCUAUGCAGUUUUUUUUUGUUUACACUUAAAUAAACGUAUUUCUUUGAUUUUG